AUGGGGUGGUUGACGCAUGUGUAUGAGGUGGAGGCGACGAUGAAGGGGAGCAGAGAGGAGGUGGCAGACGCCAUCCGAGAGAUCAUCAAGAGCACCAAGCAUUAUGCGCUCAUGGACAACGCUGACUCGCUCUUCAAACGUCCUGGAGAUAAGCAUGACAUCAAGCAUGCCUACCUGAACUCGGUGGUAGACCCCAACGCUUUGCUCGUUGUCGGGACCUGCACCAGUCCUCUCAUGAAGUUUGUUGACGAUAUCGCAUUCACGGUGAUCAGCAGUGGAGACGGAGUGACGGUCAAAGGACUGAGCGUGUCGCGCAUUGGGGAAGGAGAUAUGUUCAAGAACAAGAAGAACAUUGAGACUGUUCUGAAGCUUCUCUCGCAGAAGAAUGAGAUGUACAAAGCAAGCUCCAAGAAAGUAAUUCGCUCCUAAGUAUGAAGGAUUCAAAUCCAACAAAAGCAACAAUGCUUGCACACUUUAUACACGAUUGUGGUAGUUAAAUCAAUUCAAUGAC